UGGUGGGCAUUUUCCAUGACAGCAUUGUCUCUCGGAACGAGUGCUCGUUGCAUGCACACCUCAACAGCCCGCCGGAUAUCAGGCGCGCCUUUGCUUGCGUACAGACGCCUUCUACAAUCCUCAACUACCUUCAAUAGCAACCUAAGAGGCACUAGUCUCUCGCUAGCUCCCCAGCGCAAGCUAAUGUCUGAAUCGGCGGGACCAGGCGAUGCCGCGAAGGCAGUACAGGAUCUUUCCAGCGCAAGCGGAAACUCCGCACUUCAGCAAGACUUCCUAGUCCAGUACGUUGUUGUGCGCAAGGACCUGUGGGGCUCGUUGGGCUGGCCUCUGGGCAGCGUCGUAGCCCAGGCAUGUCACGCCUCGUCUGCUGCGAUGUGGCAGCACCGAGACGAGGAGGCGACCCAAAAGUACCUGGCACCCGACAACAUUGACCACAUGCGAAAGGUGGUGCUUGAGGUGAAGGACGAGUCGCAGCUGCGGCGGCUGUCGGAGCAGCUCACGCAGGCGGGUGUGGGUCACAAGAUGUGGAUCGAGCAGCCGGAGAACUUCCCCACCUGCCUGGCCACCCGCCCCUACGCGAAGAGCCAGGUGGCAGCGCACUUCAAGAAGCUGCAGCUGUGCAAGGCGCCCAUUGGGUGAGGG